AAGAAAAAUAACGUACUGGUUUCAAUAUCCUUCUAGUUUUCGCGAACAACUGUAUAUAAUACAUACAAAUCGAAGUGUCUACAUAACAAGUUUAAGAGAAAUGCAGGGUAUUUCGUCCAGAUGUGAGCGCGCGGUAUAGUUAUACACACUUAAUAGUUUCCGCCGGAGGGAAAAUAAUACCCUGCGUUGGCAUUUUGAAAUGUUCAGCGUAAUGACUAACCGAACCACAUGGAAGGCAUCGGGACACUUUAAACAAUCCGUACAUCAUAUACAUCAGUCCCAUGCCUUAACUCACAAUCCAAAUCUUUUAAGAAAAAAGUUGAAGAUGCAUUGUCUAUUGCAAGGAUAGACUUAAGUAAAGAAUAGUGAUUAUACAACGUCGAAAAUUGUUUCAUGUGUCAAGAGAGCCCCGGGCUAAGCUCUGAAAACCAAAAAGUGUCUAUUGUUUCUCCUGGACAUGCUUCGUGAUCAAGUAGGUUAUAAACAUUCCCAUGAUGAACGAUAUCUACGACAACACUACCAACUGAGUACAGGGUCGGUGCACUGUUUGGUGGGGGGUAAUUUGGGCAAUACAUAACGCCGCAUGCGAGAAUUCAAGGUCAACUUAAAAGAACACAAAAGAAAAUCAUUAUCUGGACAACUAGAGAUGGUAAUUGAACUUUUUUUGGCACAAAUGCAUGCGUGCUUAAGUUGCUUUCAACGAAUGUUUUCUCGUUGUUCCCCUGAUUAGACAAUUCAUAGAUCUGCUAUGCUAAUGAGUUGGUCAUAUCGCCAUCGGUCAGCAGGUGAAUUCCUUCAACAGCUUUGCCAACCUUCCCGUCCCACAUGAGCACGGGCUGUUGUCGUUGGCGGAUGUUCUCCUUAGACUUCUCUACAACACAGCGUUUAUAGACGACGACGUCCCAGCAUCACACCGGACAGUUCCAAUCGUCCGGGACUGCGUGGCAAACAAGAGAACCAUCGCAGCCUUGGGUGACAUCAGAUAAUUUCUUGGAAGGACUGGUCACACGGACCACACCACUGACCUCCACGUCAUUUCCGUCCACAUGUACACGACCCUGAGUCUCAGCACGUCUGUUCUUCAGCAUGGCGAGUCCGUCAAUCGUCAAGAUGUCCGCAAUGGCGUUCAUGGAUAUGAAUCAGCUGAGGGUUGAGGGUGAGCGGUCGAUGGCCCCUCGCACGGGUCAGUUCCAGAACACGCCGACCCUGCUGAGUCACUCUCACACCCACAGCGCCACGCUGAUCACCUGUAGCGACUGCGACUUCCAGACCAACUCAGAGUUAGACUUCCUACGUCACGUCAGCACGCAUAAAGUCAGGGUCCAAAACCCGGGGAAUCGCGACGGCAGGACUGCAGCCUUUCCGUCGCCCUUGAAACGGAUGCGAAUGUCGUUGGAAGACGCCGAAAGGCGCUUUCAACUUCAACUCGGCAUCGCGCAUCCGGCCGCGGUCGUGCCGAAGCUUAGCCCCCAGGUCCCAGGUACUGAACAGACCAGCAGCAUCCCCCUGGACUUGACGACCAAGCCGAGACGGAACGCGGACGAGGCACCGAUAGAUCUCCGGAAGUCCACACCACCACCAACUCCGGCCGUGCAGCGGACUGCACAGGUGGCGACCUCCUCAGGGCACGGCCAGAGUCCGGGUAACCAAAGCCCAGCGACAGCGGUCACUGUCUCUCAGCUUCCGGCAACUCAGCGCCACGUGAUCGCCCCAGUCAUGCCGCGGGCACCCCCUCCACUGAUACAAGUCAGACGUAAGUCACCCACGUCUGGUGGCAUACCCCGAGUGGAGCCAAGAUCAACAGAACUACACGAUUUGACACCUGGUAAUUUUGCUAUGGUCCUCCCAAUCAUGCAGCCACAAUUGACCAACGGACAGGCCUUUCCCACUUGUAAUGGUGAACAAAUGAAGGUUUUCAUCGCAAGCCAACCAAAUCCACCAACGCUCAUUCCUUCUCCAAAUACAGAGCAUUUGCCUCCUUCACAAGUUGGACCAGAGGCGUCAUCUUGUCCUACCCAACCCACUCCAAGCAACAAAGCACAAAGGCGGAUUCGUUGCCAACCAGGCAAACCAAGCGAUGAGAUGUCUACUGCUUCUCACCGGCAGCUGAUCGCCCCACAAGACACCUGUGAGACGACGCGCUCUCAACAGGACAACGGCGACGCGACGCCAUCUCAACAGGACAACGGCGACGCGACUGGUGCUAGCUACCACCGGCUCGGCCGAGUGCCGGAGUACCUGAGGGGUGGCACCUGGCACCCAAACCAGCCAGCCGCCGUGGAAUACAGCGCCCCAGAAGCACGGGCGGAGCAAGAACCGUCUCCUCGCUCCUCACUGGAGCUCGCACGGAUGUCCGCCAUCUCCACCACCAUCAAGCAGCAGCGGAAGAGACAGAAAGCCGUCCCGCAGAAACGCGGACCGAAACCCGGUCUCAAGCGAUCGACAAGAAACCUGAGCCCAAGUUCUCAAAUAGCAGAACAGCCAGACAAAAGACAUCAGCAUGGGAUACAGACAAACGGACAGGAUGAAGGGCAGAAAAAACGAAACCAUCUGUAUCAGAUUGAGGUGGAACAGCAUCAGAAUCAAGAAAAACAGCCAGAACAAAAUCAACUCCGUCAAGACAAUGAUGUGGAGGAGCAAACAGAAGACUUAACGGGAAGCCAAGGACAGAGCCAACCACUUGGCGAUGCCGACCAGAAACAGGCAAACCUGGAGGCUAUACCAUGUCAUGAUGUCGGGAGCAAGCUGUGGUGGCAGCGGCUACAGGACCUGAUGAACAAGAUGGGAGACAAGCAGAAGCAAGACCCAAGCUUUGCAGAAAACUGGUUCAGGUCUCUGUUCCCGGCGCAGUACAAAUGUUUUACCAGCAGUUCAACAGCGAAUAUUGAAAUAGAAACAUCAAGUGAACCGAAGAACGAAGAAACACCCAGCGAUAGUGAACAUACAAGCAGAUCAACGAUUGAUUCUGACUACACCAGUAUGGAUGAGGUCGAAGAUUUGGCUGGAAAAGUUUCAGUCCCCAGUCAUCAGAGUGAAAGUAAAGAAGAAGCCACCACUCCACUUCAGGCAGAGUCAAAAGACGACGUCAAUGCAAAUAACGAAACCUCACGGACAGUCUUACCUGCUGAGAAGGCAUUAGAGAUGUCACCAGAAGAGCGAAAGGUUAAAGACCAUAAAAGUGUCACGUCUCCAGAACCUGAUCAAGUAAAAUCAACAGCCUCUGCUCCAGGAGACACGGCCGAAUCAAAGCAACACAGCAACACAAUGGACAAGAAGGAGUCACCUAAGAAGGCGUUGAGUGCUCAGCCACUUAAUGUCCAUUUCUUCCGCUGCACGCCUUGCAACUUCUUCACCACGUCAAAGCAGAAGAAGCUUGCUCACAUAAGAAAGCACCGAGAGAAGCUAGAGUGCUCCAUCUGUCUGAAAGUAUGCGAGGACAAGAAGUGUCUGGAAGACCACAUGCACGAACACACCGGCCAGCGCAUGCACAAGUGUCCACACGAAUCCUGCACCUAUCAGACAGUUUCGAGCUCUCGUCUGCAAAGCCACAAGAGGACCGCGCACAGUGACAACUGCUACCAGUGUCCUCAUUGCGACUAUAAAAGCAGUGUGCAGGGGAACAUGAAUCGACACGUCCGGAAGCACACGGACGAAAGGCCGUACAAAUGCCCCCAUUGUCCGUACGCCGCCCGAGUCAGCCACCAUCUUCAAGAACACAUGCAAAGGCACGCAGGAGAACGUCCAUAUAAGUGCGACUUGUGCAGCUUCGCCACCUUGAAGAAAACAGAUCUCGACCGACAUCAAAGAUGCCACACCGGAGAAAAACCGUUCGCCUGUGACCUGUGCGCCUAUCGGGCGCCUCAAAAACGCAUGCUGGUGCGACACGUGCUGAAGAUUCAUCAGAAGCAGAGACCUCAUCGCUGUCCACAUUGCGACUUCGGCGCCUUCGACAAGAAGGACAUCGUGGAGCACAUGCGGCUGCACAGCGGAGAGAAGCCCUGGAAGUGUUCACAGUGUAGCUACACCACGACUCGGAAGCGCAACUUGCUCCGCCACGUCCGCGUGCACACAGGCGAGAAGCCGUACCAGUGUCGGGAAUGCCCGUACGCGGCGGCCGAUAGGAGGAAUCUCUCCGACCACAUCCGCACGCACACCGACGAGCGCCCGUUCCGCUGCACCAUCUGCGGCUACGGCUCCAGAACGAAGGGACAACUCAGUCGCCACCUCAAACACCAGCACGAAGCCAAACCGUACAAGUGCCCCCACUGCCCAUUCACUGCCACAGACGCAGAGCACGUCCACAAGCACAUGCAGAGUCACCCUCACCAGCUAUCAGAAGUCUACAGUAACCUCUUUAACCUGCUGGGCACGCGAGGUGAGAAGUCGGGGAUCAACAACAGAGGAUCCGGAUCGAGUGAUGGCGUCCCAUCUCCAGCGGGGUCUCACCAGUCGGUGUCAUCGCCUUCCCAUUCAUCUUCCGGUGCAAGUGACGAUGGGAAGUGUCCAGAGGCGUCAUGUGAAACCGUUCCACCAACUACUAGUUAAGAUAGAACAUUUCUUGGCACGAAUGGGUUAAGCCUCCAUUACAAAGAUUGGCAGCCUUGCCAGAUAUCCCUUUUGGAAAGACUACGUACAGCACAGAACCCAGAGCAACAGGGUCGCAUGAACUGAACAGUACAGUAUCACGACCAGUAUAGUGUAUGGAAAUAAUCAAUUGUCAAUCAAAUCAACACUCUUGAAAAUGAUUCAAAAAUGAAAAUAGAAAUAUUAAUUUAUGUAAGAAUGUAUGAUAGGAUUCUUUGGUCAAUGUUAUGAUAUGUAAGGUUUUGGGAUAAUUGUUUAUUCAUGUACAUGUAAUUUGGGUCAAAGUCAGUAUUUAUGGCAAAGAGAAAGAUUAUUAUAUAGAUAUUGUAACACGUUGUCUCCAUGUAAUGAGGAACACUCAGAUGCCUGACAUUAAUGGGGACAAGGGUGACAUUAAUGGGAUUUGUGUCCAUUUUUUUGUUUCUAUAAUCUAAUUGAUGUACAUACCAUGGUAGCCAUGUUUAUUGACCUGUUGAUAGUAGAAACUUAAAACAGAGCCACCGAUGUUUAUGACUAUGUAAAAAAGGAGUAAUAAGCGGGGUACCGAGAAUGCUUUGAUGUGUACAUCAUAUUGCUUUUUCUAAUCUAGUGUGAGAAGAUUCCGUGGGUACAUUUUAGUUGGAGUUGUUUGUAUGUUAGGUGAUGAUACAAUCUUUAAUAAAAAAUGGGCUGAUGGAAUUUUGAAA